GAGAUCGAUGCAGGCGUAUGUUUAUCACGUUUCGUGUGCGAAAUUUAAUUUAGUAAAUAAAUUUAGUAUACUUGUAAAAUGGAGUGGAGCGAUUCGAAAUCCGUGAUAAUUUCGGAUAAAUACCGAAUCGAAUGCUUAUCUCCGGCUACGAUAGAAGGCGCAUUACGAGUAAUAAAGGAAUCGUUUUGCCAAGAUGAAUACGUGAGCAUAGGAAGCGAAGUGAACAAAAACCCGGUCGCCGCUGAGGAAUUGCUGGAACUAUGUGCGGAUGCAGCGCUUGAUGGGGUGUCAUUAGUUGUCGUAGAAUUAAGUACUGAGAAAGUAGUUGCUGUUGCUUUUAACAAAAUACAAGUUCAAUCGUCGAGUGUAUCGGAGAAACCGUUUUUUGAAAUAUUUGCCGAAGAACGAUGUACACAAGAAUCAUCCCGCUCUCUAAUCCAAUUUAUGGCAAUCGUAGACGGAAGGUGCAAUUUAUUUAAAAAAUAUGGAGUCGACUGCAGUCUUGAAAUAAUGUUCUUAGCAACGCUACGUGAGCAUAGAAAACAAAAAUUAGGAACCUUGUUAUGCAAAUAUUCCGUAGAUUUAGCUAGGAAAUUAAAAGAUGGCCCUAUAGCAAAGAUUACAGUUGAAGAUCUAGGUCCUAAGUACAAAAUGAUAAAAUCAAGAGAACCCAAUAAGACGUAUCCAAAAAUUUGUCAAGCUAUUUGGACAUCUAUAGGUUCUCAGAAAAUUGGUAAAGCUCUUGACUUUAGCGUGCAUUUGACUGUACCGCUUAAAGAAUUUGUGUAUGACGGUAAGCCAUAUACUGAACGUAUUGGAGAUGACUCAGCCUUUUGUGAAGUAGUUGCUAAAGCACUUUAUUAAAAAUAAAUAAUUCAGAACGUUUUAUUUACAUUGAUUUUAUAACCAACAGCAGUUAAUAGAUAUGAAUGUUAUUAUUUUUAAUUAAUUUAUUUAUUUAUUCAGAUAAAAUAAAUGGCUUAUCUAUGUCACAGCAAAACUAGUUUUGUGUCAAAUGUAAUAAAAUUUUGAAUUAAAAAUGCACGUGUGCAAGUGUUAUGUGCAUCAACAUUGUUAACAAAAAAUCUCUGUAUGGUCAACAAAUGUUGCAAUUGGUACUUCUGUAUUGUUAAUCAUGUUCUAAGAAGUGAGUAGUAGGGCAAGGUUACACAGCAUGCACUCGAUUCUGAGCAAAACAUAGAGCUUGCUCACCUGUACGUUACGAUCUUGGGAGAUACGCACGUCUAAAUGUACUGUAUAAAAUUUCUUACAGAGGUGUAUGUUUACCUAACAAGUUAAUCAUUACCAUCUUUUAUUUAUAUCUGUUAGUUAUGUAGUAAUUUCUUCAUCAUUUUUAUUACUGGUCCGUUAAAGUCUAAAUUCUUAAAAUGGGUAACACACUGCCAAGCGUGGACGAUUGCAGAUGUUUCGCAUCUUUGUCGCUGCUUUUCAUUGACGCUAAGGAUAACUAUUUCUAGUAUAAAGGAUACAAAUGAUGGUUUACUGCGUUCUCGGAAAAAAUGGUCCAUAAUUCCAAAUUCCACUUGUCCCUAUAGCUAUAUUGGUAGUAUAGUUAAUAAACCCACGGUAUAAAAUGCAGUGAUGAAUUCUCUUACGCCGCUGCACCAAGGCAAAGGUUUUAUUUUAAAUGUAACGAAUCUCUAAAAUUACAAACAAUCUGAAGAUAUAUUUCACAAAGCCUAUUUAAUACAAUACAGUUAAAGUUACACUGGAUACAGGCCUCCUUAAAUUUUUGAGAGGGAAAUAUCCGCCCCGCUGCCCAAAUGCGUGUUGGCGAACUUCACAUGUACUCGAAAUAUUUUUUUAUUUCUCAGAUCUGCAGGUUUCCUCACGAGUUUUUCCUUCACCGCCGAGUACGUGGUGAUUUUUUGCCUAAAGUAAUAUUAAUUACGUACAUGCGCUAUCGCAAAACGAAAGCAUUUAGUUCCCUUUUUUCAGUUUAUACAAAUUGUACUUGUUAACGUGCACGUUAUGAUUUGCAGUAACAUACAACAGCGGUAGUAUGUUUAUUCCUUAUCUAAGAUAAAUGUAAGGAUUUACAGGGCAUAAUAUUCCCUUAUCAUCAAAGGGACUAUAUGCUCGUUUCUCACACUUAGUUGCCUAAAAUAUUCAACGGCAACGCAACGUGAGAGAAUUCUUGAGUAUGGGUAAAUCGAUAUAAGAAACAUUAUUAAAACUUUUUUUUAUACAACAGAUAGUGUAAUAAGCAUUUCGUGAAUUGUUAUAAGAAUUCAGAAUGGUGACAAAGAACGGUGUGUAAGCCGGAAGAUAUGAUUUCCUAGCUCUAUCAUGUUUCAGGUUACAUAUACAAAUAUAUAGGCAAAAGCCUUUAUUAAAUUUCAGUUUGUGAACUAAAAUUUGGGAUAGUAAGUAUGGAGGACAGGUGCACCCGUACUAUAUGUAGUAGCGGCGUCAUAUUAACUCGUGGCUGUCAUAAGAACAAAACAUGAAAACAAACGAAAAUGAAACAGGAGCGAAGCAGUAGCAUUUUCCUGAUAACAAUUUAAAAUUAUAAUAAGUUAAGGUUGCUAGGCCGGCUGCUAAUCGUUGUAACUGUGGCAAAUAUCCCCGCUAUGAUGUAUUCUAAGGGGAGGCCUAUGUUUGGAUGUAAACUUUUGAUAGGCUGUUUUGAAUAAAAUAAUGAAUAAAGCGUAAACAAAAAACAAACAUCAAAUGAAAACGUAGUAAUAGUCUACACUUUAAUUCCAACAAACCUAAAAUUACGGUGUUAUGGUUGGCAGCUACGUAACGUUGUACUUUAAUUCGAAGUGUUUGAAAAUGGAUGCUGUGUAGACUCAUAAACCCUGAUUGGACUUUAUGGAGUGACCUGAAUGAUGAUACGAUGAUCAUAUGAGCAUUAUGAGUCGUGCACUUUUGGAUUUUCCAAACUUUUUCCAAAAUUUAAGUUUGACAUUAAAUUAUCGGAAAAUUGGAAGUAUAAUAAGGUUAUUAGUGAAAACUUGUGUGUAUUUAAACUACUUUAAAAAAAUUCCGUAUAAUCAUAUUAUACGUAAUUUUUUCAAUUCACUUAGGGCAUGCACAAUUGGAUUUAUCAAUAGUUUCUAAUUUCCAUUUCCACAUAAGUCAGUUUAAAAUUCUUUCUUUUCCCUAAUAUAGUGGAAACAGCAAAGCCUAACCUCCUAAAAGGAUUUAUGAAUCUGAAUAGCAUCCAUUUGCAAAAACUUCGCAUUAGAGCGGAAUUUUAGGUAGCUGCCAACGAUAACAUUGUAAUUUUAGGUGUGUUAAAAUAAAAUGUAGGUUUAUACCACGUUUUCAUUUGAAGUUUGUUUUUGGUUUACGUUUCAUUCAUUAUUUCAUUAAUUACAUAAUAACCAAAAUUUCAUUAUAUAUACAAGUGUAGAACCACCCUACUCGAUUCUAUGUGAACUACGUUAUGAUCACCACUUGAUAGCAGAUUACCAAAAUUAAUUUAAUUAAUUACAUGGCAUAUUGUUAUGUGGCAGAGACAAAAACUCUUUUAAAAAGAAAUUUAUUUAGUACUUUUAAACUAACUUAAAAUAAACUAGUUAAUACAGAGAACUUGGUAAUGAAAUUGUAUUGAGGGAUCGAAAGAUUUGGUUUUAAUAGUGUAGGAAGCUAGGAGGUAGGGGUAAACAUAAAAGAACAACAUUAUUCUUGGUGUUUUACUUAACUUAUGGUAAACUAUAAACAUUAGCAUAUAAUAUUACAAUCGAACUAGUGUGAGUAAGUAAACAAUAUGAUUUAUAAAGUAUACAGGUCUUAUUACAUAAAGUAAAUAGUAUCCUAUUACAUAACAUUCGUUUGGCUUAUAAGAAAGUAAUUUAUU